AUGGAGGUCGCCCCUCGGGCCGAUGCUCCUGGCAGGGUUCGUCUCGGUGCCGUGCUAGUUCUUCUGGUGGCGUUGGCUUUCCAAGCAAUGACAUUUGUCAACUUUUUCCAACCCCGACCUCGCGGCGACCUGGUGGCUAUGCAAGGCGGCAAGUGGGGCAAGAUUGGUGCUGGUCCGCCGAAGUAUCAUCUUCCAACAGGUGGUCCUAACAUCACCAAGACAGAGGACAUCCUGGCAAUCCGGAUGCCGUACCACUUCGAUGAUGCACCAGAAGCGCCCGAGUGGGCACAAAAGUGCGUGAAGACGCUGUCGAGCAGCAAAUCAAAGGUAGAGGCCAGGAGAGCAGCCAGCGCUGAGCUGCAAGAGAAGCUUAUGGAGCCGCUUCCGUCUCGACAGAUGCUCUUGCUCGUAGACGCUCUUUACGACGAGGACCUCGAAGUCAGACUGACCAUAGCGAGAGCCUUUCAAAAUCUGUGUUCCUUGGACCGGUGGCCAAUGGACGAAUGGAUUGCCCGCAUCGCACGGAAGCUGGAGCCAGACUCCGAAGUCGAUCUCAUGACACGAAUCUUUUCUAUGCGAGCUUUGGGCUGGAUCGGACCCUGGGCAGCGCAUUACUCCGGAGCUUUGCGCCCGUACUUCGACCACGAGGAGGAAUUCGUCCGCCUUUCCGCAAUCGAGGCGGUGCGUGGGUUUUCGACGAUGUCCGCCUCGGAGGGGCCUUCAGGUGAAGUUGGCAGGCACAAGAAGUCUUUAGUGCGCUUGAUGCGCGAAGAUCCCAGCAUGGAGGUUCGGAAGAUGGCAGAGCAGGUGCUGGACAUGAAGGACUGGAAAGUCCCUCACUGGAUGGAAGUCCAGAAGCCUGCCUGGCGCGAGCGCGUCAAGCGAGCCAUCGCCAACCGCGGCAGGGGAACCCGCAAGGGCAAGAAUAGUGAGGGCACGCUUCACAAGCGCUACUGGGAGAAGCUGCCCCGAUGA